GGGCGCAAAUUUGGCGGGAAGAGCGUGGGGACAAGGUUCGCGCAAAUUCACGGGAAUCCGAGAUCUCGUCUCCGUGAUGCGGCGAUCACCUUCGCUCCUUGCCGCCUUUCUCCUGCUGCUGUUGCCAUGUUUCUUCACUUCGCAAUAUCCGGGGCGGGGUGGUGGCGGUGGCGGUGGCGGCGACGGCGGAGGCGGCGGCGGCGGCGGCGGCGAUAGGGGAGAGGUAAUAGAUGGAAGAGGUGCUACAGGCGGAGAAGCGGGAGGACGAGCAGCAUCGACAUCGGAAAUUGAGAGCGCAGCGACGUCAUUGCCGUCCACGCGGCGCGCUGAGGACGAUGAUCAUCUUCAUCAUUGUCUUCGCCGCCUUUUCCGCAUUCCUGAGGCGUCAGAAGGGCGAUUACUGCAGGGGUUCUACGGAACAUCCAAUAUAUCUACCAUUGAUACUGCCUUAGUAGCUAAUGGUACCAGCGUCGUGAAGUUCCCGGGAGAGAGUCCGUUCACGACUUUUUGGAACGGUUCUAAAAUAUGCGUGGGCGCAAUCGACGACGUCGCCCUCUCUUGCAACGGCACGGUGUUGUACUACAGGCUGUCGGAAGCAUGCGCGGACACCGUACUUCGAAAAAUCACAAAGCGCCGCUACUCUUUUAGACAAGCCAAACCGGGUACGACUACGGCGUUGGAGAGAGGUGGACGUUUGCUUAGUUACUGGUGGCCGGCUGCGAAUGCAAGCGGGAGAGCGAAUAUGACCGCCUUUGUUUUUGAGGAUCCGUUGGUCUCUGAUCGGAUCAAUCCGAUGAUGAACUUCAUUUCCAGCAUGGAUGUGACUAAGUCUGAUACGCACCUGGCCGUCUUUCCGACGGCAAUCGGCAUCGGCAAGAGAAUGAUAGUUUUCAUCGAGAUCGCCAGCGGAGAUAGGACGGCAAUCGAGGUGUCCGACGUGGACUCGCCAGGAAGUCUCGCGUUCGCUCGGCUUGCUAAUGAGCGUCUGUAUAUCGCCGACACCGCUGCGCCUUAUCGCAUUCUCUCUGCGCCCAUGUUACCUGGAGCUGAUCGUAUUCCCAUGAGUAGCACGACUGUUUUCGCGCCGGAGGCCAAUUUCCCCAAAGACGGGACGCCCAACAUAACAGAGACGAAGUUCGCGGCGCAAAGCUUGGACUCACAAGGGAGGUGUCUGUACUUCAGCGACUCGAACAAUCUCACGGUUUGGAGCCUGGACUUGACAUCUCCAUCAUCAAGAACGUCGUCACCGUCGGAAUCGCCAAUGUCAAGAAACGCCACGCAUGUCGCGGGAUCAGGAAAGGAAAAGAUGGAAGAUGGUCCCGGUUUGAGCGCGUCGUUCCAGUCUCUGUCGCAUCCGGUAGUAACUCGAGACGGGUGCAACGUGUUCGUUGCGGAUGACGAUACGGUUCGCUGGAUAAAACUCAGCUCGCCCUGCUCUACAGCUCUGGAAGUGACAUCUGUUGCGAAGGCUGAGCCUACAAGCUUCCGGAGCUUGGCGCUCUUCGAUAAUGGGACAAGCAAUCCGCUCCUAUACCUAGGUACAAUGGACGGGCAAGUAUACAAGCUGGAGAUUAACAGGGCUGCGUUACAUUCAUGUGGUAGUGAGGGGCCGAUACCGUCUCCCCCCUCGAGCAGUCCACUCCCUUCCCCCGUACCGCCUCCGAAUAGUUCCCAAAGCUUCCCACUCCCCCCCUCCCCUCCCUCUUCUAGUAGCCCUCCAGCAGCGCAAGGCUCGAACAGUUCGAAAUUGCGAAAGGAGGACAAUCUGUCUCCCGCCCUCAUCGUGGUUCCCGUUGUGUGCGGCUUGGCCGUCCUCCUCAUCGUCGGAGUCGCGAUCGUUUACUGCAGGCGCAGUAACCGACCACCGGAGGCGAUACCAGUCACUCAAUCUACCACCCACAUCCCGUCAUUGAUGCUGACCACCGACACCGUCCCGCUUAACCCGGCCGUUGUCAGAGCUUUCGCGCUCACCGAUCUCCGAUUCUGCACGAAUGGUUUCGAUCAGAGUUAUCUUAUUGGCGACAAGGGAGCGUUCGGGGAAGUGUACUGGGGUUCGCUGGGAGGAACUCAGGUGGCAAUCAAGGUAAUGCACGGGGAGCUGACGGCUGCCAAGCGCAGGCAGUUCGUAGCGGAGGUGAAUACUCUCAGCCGCCUUCACCACGCCAACCUCAUCCAGCUCAUCGGAUACUGCGACGACGGGAACCGGUGCAUCCUGGUCUACCCUUAUUUCGCAGGCGGGAGCUUGCACUCACGAUUACACAAGAGGGUGGGGUUGCGCGGAGCAGCGCCCCCGCUGCCGCUGACGCUGUCGCAGCGACUGUCGAUCAUUUUGCAGAUCGCAGAAGGGCUUCGGUAUUUGCAUUGCGGCGCUAAUCCGAGAGUCAUUCAUCGGGACGUGAAGAGCAGCAACGUCCUCCUCAGCGAUGGUGCUGACGGCAGCUUGCAAGUCGURCUCGCCGAUUUCGGCACGGCAGCCAUCGCCCAGAACGUCUUSGAGACGGGGCACGAGAGCAUGGUGAAGACGUGUCAGCUGGCGGGGACACGUGGCUACAUCGCACCCGAGUACGUGCUGAGAGGUCSGCUGACGGCCAAGAUCGACGUGUUCGCAUUCGGAGUCGUCGUGUUGGAGUUGAUGACCGGAAAACCGGCGAUUCUGCGGCAAUCCCCGGUUGAUGGCGACUUUCAAGCGCUCGCGGAAUGGGUAAGAGCACUUUCCCGGCGUYYAAACAUGUAUGCCAUUCUCGGCACGAUCAUUGACCCGUGCUUGAGGAGUGUAGUGGAGACGAACGUCGUCUUCUGGAAUAUGGUCAUGGAUGGUGGUGGCGGCGGCGGCGGCGGCGACGACGAUAGGGGAGAAGUACUAGUGGGAGGAGGUGCUAGAGGCGGAGAAGCGGGAGGACGAGCAGCAUCGAAAUCGGAAAAUGAGAACGUAGCGACGGCAUUCCGGUCCGCGCGGAGCGCUGAGGAGGAUGAGCAUCGUCAUCAUCGUCUUCGCCGUUUUCUCCGAGUUCGUGAGGCGUUAGAAGGGCGAUUACUGCAGGGGUUCUACGGUACAUCCAGUAUAUCUGCCAUUGAUCCUAGCUUAGUGGCUGAUGGUACCAGCGUCGUGAAGUUCCCGGGAGAGAGUCCUUUCAAAACUUUUUUGAACGGUUCUGAGGUAUGCGGGGCGACAAUCCAGGACGUCACCCUCUCUCGCAACGGCACUGUGCUCUACUACAGGCUGUGGGAACGAUGCGUGGACAUCAAACUUGACGAAAUCACCAAGCUCCGCUACUCUAUUAGAGAAGCCGAAUCGGGUACGGCUACGGCGCUGGAGAGAGGUGGACGUUUGCUUAGUUACUGGUGGCCGGCUGCGAAUCCAAGCGGGAGAGCGAAUAUGACCGCCUUUGUGUUUGAGAAUCCGUUGGGCUCUGGUCGGAUCAAUCCGAUGAUGAAGUUUUAUUCCAGCAUGGAUGUUUCUAAGUCUGAUACGCACCUGGCCCUCUUUCCGGAGGUAAUCGGCGUCGGCAAGAGAAUGAUAGUUUUCAUCGAUGUCGCCAGCGGAGAUAGGACGGCAAUCGAGGUGUCCGACGUGGACUCGCCAGGAAGUCUCGCGUUCAAUCGGCUUGCAAAUGAGCGUCUGUAUAUCGCCGACACCGCUGCGCCUUAUCGCAUUCUCUCUGCGCCCAUGUUACCUGGAGCUGAUGGUAUUCCCAUGAGUAGCACGACUGUUUUCGCACCGGAGGCCAAUUUCCCCGAAGGCGGGACGCCCAACAUAACAGGGACGAAGUUCGCGGGGCAAAGCUUGGACUCACAAGGGAGGUGUCUGUACUUCAGCGACUCCACCAAUCUCACGGUUUGGAGCCUGGACUUGACAUCUCCAUCAUCAAGAACAUCAUCACCGUCGAAAUCGCCAGUGUCUAGAAGCGUCACGCAUGUGGCGGGGUCAGGAACGGAAAACAUGGAAGAUGGUCUCGGUUUGAGCGCGUCGUUCGAGUCUCUGUCGCAUCCGGUAGUAACUCGAGACGGGUGCAACGUGUUCGUUGCGGAUGACGAUACGGUUCGCUGGAUAAAACUCAGCUCGCCCUGCUCUACAGCUCUGGAAGUGACAUCUGUUGCGAAGGCUGAGCCUACAAGCUUCCGGAGCUUGGCGCUCUUCGAUAAYGGGACAAGCAAUCCGCUCCUAUACCUAGGUACAAUGGACGGGCAAGUAUACAAGCUGGAGAUUAACAGGGCUGCGUUACAUUCAUGUGGUAGUGAGGGGCCGAUACCGUCUCCCCCCUCGAGCAGUCCACUCCCUUCCCCCGUACCGCCUCCGAAUAGUUCCCAAAGCUUCCCACUCCCCCCCUCCCCUCCCUCUUCUAGUAGCCCUCCAGCAGCGCAAGGCUCGAACAGUUCGAAAUUGCGAAAGGAGGACAAUCUGUCUCCCGCCCUCAUCGUGGUUCCCGUUGUGUGCGGCUUGGCCGUCCUCCUCAUCGUCGGAGUCGCGAUCGUUUACUGCAGGCGCAGUAACCGACCACCGGAGGCGAUACCAGUCACUCAAUCUACCACCCACAUCCCGUCAUUGAUGCUGACCACCGACACCGUCCCGCUUAACCCGGCCGUUGUCAGAGCUUUCGCGCUCACCGAUCUCCGAUUCUGCACGAAUGGUUUCGAUCAGAGUUAUCUUAUUGGCGACAAGGGAGCGUUCGGGGAAGUGUACUGGGGUUCGCUGGGAGGAACUCAGGUGGCAAUCAAGAGCGUGGGGAAACGAUUCGCGCAAAUUUGGCGGGAAGAGCGUGGGGGCAAGGUUCGCGCAAAUUCGGGGAUCACGGGAAUCCGAGAUCUCGUCUUCGUAAUGCGGCGAUCACCCUCGCUCCUUGCCGCCUUUCUCUUGCUGCUUUUGCCAUGUUUCUUCACCUUGCAAUAUGCGGGGCGGGGUGGUGGCGGCGGCGGCGAUAUGGAUGAAGUAAUAGACGGGGGCGGUGCUAGAGGCGGAGAAGCGGGAGGACGAGCAGCAUCGACAUCGGAAAAUGAGAACGUAGCGACGGCAUCGCCGUCCGCCAGGCGCGCUGAGGACCAUGAUCAUCUUCAUCAUCGUCUUCGCCGUCUUUUCCGCACUCCUGAGGCGUCAGAAGGGCGAUUACUGCAGGGGUUGUACAAUACAUCCAGUAUAUCUACCAUUGAUCCUACCUUAGUAGCUGAUGGUACCAGCGUCGUGAAGUUCCCCGGAGAGAGUCCUUUCAAGACUUUUUUGAACGGUUCCGAGGCAUGCCUGGGCACAAUAGAGGACGUCGCCCUCUCUCGCAGCGGCACUGUGUUGUACUACAGGCUGUGGGAAGUAUGCAUGGACACCGUACUUAAAAAAAUCACCAAGCUCCGCUACUCUUUUAGAGAAGCCAAACCGGGUACGGCUACGGCGCUGGAGAGAGGUGGACGUUUGCUUAGUUACUGGUGGCCGGCUGCGAAUGCAAGCGGGAGAGCGAAUAUGACCGCCUUUGUGUUUGAGGAUCCGUUGGGCUCUGGUCGGAUCAAUCCGAUGAUGAAGUUUUAUUCCAGCAUGGAUGUUUCUAAGUCUGAUACGCACCUGGCCCUCUUUCCGGAGGUAAUCGGCGUCGGCAAGAGAAUGAUAGUUUUCAUCGAUGUCGCCAGCGGAGAUAGGACGGCAAUCGAGGUGUCCGACGUGGACUCGCCAGGAAGUCUCGCGUUCAAUCGGCUUGCAAAUGAGCGUCUGUAUAUCGCCGACACCGCUGCGCCUUAUCGCAUUCUCUCUGCGCCCAUGUUACCUGGAGCUGAUGGUAUUCCCAUGAGUAGCACGACUGUUUUCGCACCGGAGGCCAAUUUCCCCGAAGGCGGGACGCCCAACAUAACAGGGACGAAGUUCGCGGGGCAAAGCUUGGACUCACAAGGGAGGUGUCUGUACUUCAGCGACUCCACCAAUCUCACGGUUUGGAGCCUGGACUUGACAUCUCCAUCAUCAAGAACAUCAUCACCGUCGAAAUCGCCAGUGUCUAGAAGCGUCACGCAUGUGGCGGGGUCAGGAACGGAAAACAUGGAAGAUGGUCUCGGUUUGAGCGCGUCGUUCGAGUCUCUGUCGCAUCCGGUAGUAACUCGAGACGGGUGCAACGUGUUCGUUGCGGAUGACGAUACGGUUCGCUGGAUAAAACUCAGCUCGCCCUGCUCUACAGCUCUGGAAGUGACAUCUGUUGCGGAGGCAAAGCCUACGAGCUUCGGGGGCUUGGCGCUCUUCGAUGACGGGACAAGCAAUCCACUCCUGUACCUGGGUACAAUGGACGGGCAAGUAUACAAGCUGGAAAUUAACAGGGCUGCGUUACAUGCAUGUGGCAGUGAGAGGCCGAUACCGUCUGAACCCUCGAGCAUUCCACCGCCUUUCCGAUCUGCUCCUAAUGGUUCCCAGAGCUCCCCACCGCCGCCCUCCCCUCCCUCUUCUAGUAGCCCUCCAGCAGCGCAAGACUCGAGCAGCUCGAAAUCACGAAAGGAUAAUCCGUCUCCCUCCAUCAUCGUGGUUCCCGUUGUGUGCGGUUUGGCUGUCCUCCUCAUCGUCGUCGGAGUUGGGAUCGUUUACUGCAGGCGCAUUAACCGACCACCGGAGGCGAUACCAGUCACUCAAUAUACCACCUACACACCGUCAUUGGUGCUGACCACCGACACCGUCCCGCUAAACCCCGCCGUUGUCAGAGCUUUCGCGCUCACCGAUCUCCGAUUCUGCACGAAUGAUUUCGAUCAGAGUUAUCUUAUUGGCGACAAGGGAGCGUUCGGGGAAGUGUACUGGGGUUCGCUGGGAGGAACUCAGGUGGCAAUCAAGGUAAUGCACGGGGAGCUGACGGCUGCCAAGCGCAGGCAGUUYGUMRYKGAGGURAAUACUCUCAGCCGUGUUCACCACGCCAACCUCAUCCAGCUCAUCGGAUACUGCGACGAGGGGAACCGGUGCAUCCUGGUCUACCCUUAUUUCGCAGGCGGGAGCUUGCAGUCACGAUUACACAAGAGGGUGGGGGUGCGCGGAGCAGCGCCCCCGCCGCCGCUGACGCUGUCGCAGCGACUGUCGAUCAUUUUGCAGAUCGCAGAAGGGCUUCGGUAUUUGCAUUGCGGCGCUAAUCCGAGAGUCAUUCAUCGGGACGUGAAGAGCAGCAACGUCCUCCUCAGCGAUGCACAAUGCUUCUCUUCUGUGAUGCACUUCCUAUGAUUUCAUCCCCUUCCCUGCGAGUUUCACAUAGUGGAAUGAUGCCGUCCGUCGGGUUCUGGUGUUUUCGAUACAAAGUUCAGGUAUUUACUGCUAUGCCUCUCUCCCUGGAGGGCCUGGACCUAUUCUGUCUAUUUCCUCGUCCUCCUGUUCGUAACAUACAGUAGAAGACUGUCGUGUUAAUGAACAAAUGGAAAGAAAAAAAGCAGGGGAACAGUGUUUGUCCAUCAACCCAUUGUAAUUGUAGGGCGGGCUGGUGGGCGACUGUAGCAGGGGCCCGGGCUUCGGUGCCCCCGAAA